AGAUGGCGUUAGUCGUCUUCGCCGACCUUGGCAUUUGUUCGGGUAAUCUUUGGUAGUAAAUUCCCUUUUUUCACUUGUUCAAAUGGAUAUUAAGGAGAUACUGUUAGAUAUAUGCGGUUUAACGGAUCAACUCGAUAGCGCUGGUGGAGCUGUCCUUGCUUAUACAAAAAUCACGAAGCUAUUGAAAGAGCCCAGUAACCAAUUUCUGCUGCACGUUGCUUCCAACUCCUUAACCAAAUUAUUACUUCAGCCGAAUACUGCUUUACUCAAUUUUGAUGAACGAGUUCAGGAAAUAAUAGAUAUUGUACUGAAUACGAAUUCGGAAGAUAACGAAAUCGCUGUAUUAAAAGCUUUAGACGGGUCACUAAAAAAACAGAUGGUUUCGUCCGAAAUUCUUCUUAAACAGAAAAAAAUAAAUUCUAUUAUUAUCUCAAAUUCUUCAGCCUUAACAAGAAAGUACGAAUCUAAUAAAUUAAGUAGUUACUUCUUUCUAAUUUUGUUGAAAACUACUCUAUCCUUCUCUAAAAAGAAUGAUAUGAAUUGCACAGAAUUAGUAGCUAAUUUAUAUAUACUACUUAAUCGUAUUAAUUCCCCGAAUUUACAGUUGAAAUGUUUAAGUAUCCUUGAAAAGUAUAUGAUCAGUUCAGCAGGAAAUUCAGGAUUUGAACAGGCAUUUAAAACUUUAAAAGGGAUUUUACCAUUAUUAAAAAAUUCAGCAAGAGAAGAAGAUGUUUGCGGAAAUUGUCUAACUCAUGCAGACUGUAAAAAUAAUUGCAAUUUACUAAGUAAGAGAUCUGUUAGAAAAGCAAUAAUUCUGCUCAUCUUUUACAUUGUGUCGUCAAGACAUCGUGGCAUUUUUCUAGAUCUUACUACGUCAUUAAUUGACCAACUAUGCAGAGUUAUCGAACAAAAUGAUAAAAUAUUAACCUAUUUCUUAGAGGAUGAUUCUCAUCUUGUACAAUUACUUUUAUAUUCUCUUGAUUGUUUUGAAUUUCAGAAGAAAAUUAUUGAAUCCAGUCAACUCAAUCCUUUCAAUUUGUUUGCAUUUUUUUUAAAUAGUACAGAAUAUGAUCAUACAGUCAUUUUGGAUUUAUUAAUGUCGCCAGAAACUGAAUUCUUAACCUACUUUGUCCGCAUUUUGAAACUAAUAAUAAAAGAAAGAAGAAAUUUCCUCGUCUACUUUGGGUAUACGGCGAAUACAAGUUUUAAAACGGCUCUGCAAGGUUUACAAACUUACGACUCGAGUGAAGAAGAAGAUGACUCGCUUUUGCUCUCAUCUCCAGGCCUAAGCGAUACUUGUAAGCCUUGUUUGGAAGAAUCUGAAACUUUCAAGGUUGAAUUUAAUACAAAGAAUACUGGAUUAAAUGAACAUUUGGAUCAAAUAUUCUCAUGUCUAAUAAGAUUACGGCUAUCAAUUGAGAGGUUGUGCGAUAAGCAGCUAUUCCCCUACGAUGCCAAACCCCUAAUCAAUUUAUUAUAUAAGUGCGAUGUGUGA